AUGACGGGAAAAGUUGUCACACGAACCUCGCAAUCGGUUGUCAGUGCGCCAAAGGCUCAAUUGAGCUCUCGAGUUCUCUCUUCACAACAGAACACCAAAGCCCGAGCUGAUGAUACCCACGAUCUUGUCGGAGACACUGUUCCAACUGAUCAGCCAGGCGGAUCUAAUCGAGAGGGAGACGGUCAGACAGGUCUCGAGGAAAUCGACCAAGACAUUUACCCCGAUUGCUUGAUCAACAUCAUCUAUGAUCGGUACGCGCUUGGAGGGAGACCCUACAGCAUCCAUUUCUUCAUCGGUGACGUGAUUAACGCCGAGAUUUCGGGCAACGUGUCUGCUUUGGAGCAUCUGCGACAUGUAGGCAGCGUCUACACCUUCGGCCGGGCAUUUGGCGACGGCGACGGCGAGCACUGUGAGGAUUGUUCUCAGAAGGCGGAGGCGAGAGUGCUCUCUACAGCGCAAGUCCCACUAACUAUUUCUCUCAUUCAUCACGCCGAGGACCAGGACAAUGAUGACAUCUGGCAUAUCGACCACUAUUCCGUUGAGAGCUGA